AAGAAACUGUUGAGCAUUUAAUAUGAAAUAUCUUUUAUUUUAUUUUGCGUGUCUUGUGUUUGUGAAUGCCCAGUACGAAGUUCCCGAGGCAAUUGUUGAAGUAUCUCGACCAAGGGGAUUUAAAGUGUCUAUUCCAGAUGAGCCGGGUGUCCGUUUAUUCGCUUUCCAUGGAAAAAUUAAUCAAGAUUUCGACGGAUUAGAAGCAGGAACGUUUGCGAGAGAUAUAUUACAAGCAAAAAAUGGCCAAUGGUCUUUUGUUGAUAGGGAAACUAAGCUCAAACCGGGUGAUAUUAUAUAUUAUUGGCUGUAUGUGGAUUUCUUCGAUGGAAUUAGAACACUUGGUUACAGAAGGUUUGGUGACUAUCGUGUUCCAGACAUUCCAGAUAUUGAUGUUAGACUGAAACCUGAUGGAGAAUCUAAAGUUUUAUUACAUGAAAACUUUUCAUCUAUUACACUUAGACCAACUAUAUGGACAAUCGAGCAACAAUAUGCAGAUGCACCAGAUUAUGAGUUUGUGAUAUAUGUUAAUCGACCGGAAACUUUGCAAAUCAACGAUGGUAAAUUAACAAUCAAACCAGUUCUUUCCGAAGAUAUUUUUGGCGAAGGAUUUGUGAGAUCUUCAGAUGGAUACGAUUUUGGAGAUAAUUGUACAUCAACAAAAGGAUCACAAUUGUGCAAGAGGAAAUACAAUGCUGGCUUUAUUUUACCUCCAGUUUUAUCUUCUCGAAUCACUACAAAAAAUAAACUUGUUUUUAAAUAUGGAUUAGUUGAAAUACGUGCUAAACUCCCCAGAGGUGAUUGGAUAUAUCCAGAACUGUAUUUGAAUCCUGCUACAGAAAAGUAUGGUACAAAUUAUCAAUCGGGUCAAAUUAGAAUAGCGUUUACUCCAGGAAACGCCGACAUGAAUACCGUACUUCACGGUGGUGUUAUCCUGGGAAAUACUUUAGCAGCUAGAGUACACGAAGACAAAACAAAUCAAUUAGCUAACGGACAUUGGUCCGAUGAGUUUCAUACAUUUGGUGUAAAGUGGACACCAAGUGAAAUAACGUUAAGUGUGGACGGAAGAGUUUAUGGGACGGUGUAUCCACCACUCAACGGUUUUGCUUCAUUGACACAACUACUAAAACUACCACCUCAAAAAUGGAAUGAAGGAUCGAAAUUUGCUCCAUUUGAUCAGGAGAUGUACUUGACAUUGGGUGUAGGUGUUGCUGGGUAUAAUUUUGAAGACAGAUCUUCGAAGCCAUGGAAAAAUGGAGAGAGAUACAGUUUUAGUAAUUUUUACUGCAAAGUGAAUGAUUGGAAGCCUACAUGGACAGAAAAUAGUAAAUUAGAAAUUGAUUAUGUCAAAAUUAUAUCAUUGAGAAUUUCAGAGCGUUGCGGGAUCAGAUCUCUGUUCACUAAAAAAUAUUCUAGUUCUAAGAUGCGAGAAAUGUUAUAUAUAUUAUUGAUUUUCUGUAAUUUGGGUUUUCUGAGGGCACAAUAUGAAGUGCCUGAAGCCAUAGUAGAAGCCUAUCAUCCCAAAGGUUUUUCUGUAUCUAUACCAGAUGAAGAAGGUAUAAAACUGUUUGCAUUCCAUGGAAAAAUUAAUCAAGAAAUGAAUUAUAGAGAAGCGGGAACUUUUUCUAGAGAUAUCUUGAAACCUAAGUAUGGAUUUUGGACUUUUAGUGAUUCAUCGACGAAACUGAAGAUUGGAGACCGAAUUUAUUUUUGGACUUACGUUGAAUAUUUUAACGGACAGUCCAAACUGGGAUACCCCAAGGACGAUCAGAUAUUUACUGUAACAGAACUAAUUCAUAAGCCUCCUGGCCGAGAUAGAAUACCAGGUGGUGGUUCAGCAUUUUCGAAAUCAAGCUCAACAUCGACAACAACUACAUCGUUACCAGAUGUAGAACUUACUGAUAAUAAUAACAUCUGUGAGCCCACAGUUACUACUAUAAAUGGAGGACUCAGUACAUGUAAAGAGAGACUGAUCUUUGAUGAGCCUUUCAAUAAUCAGAUCACAUCAAAAUAUUGGAACAUAGAAAAUAGAUUGGCAGGAAAACCAGAUUAUGAAUUCGUGAUCUAUUCUGAUAGACCAGAAACAAUUUUUGUUGCUAAUGAUACGUUAGUUAUAAAGCCAGAAUUAGCUGAUGAUGUAUACGGUCCAAAUUUUGUGGAGCAAUCUUUCGAUUUCAAAGAACGAUGUACCGGUAUCGUGGGAAGCUUAGAAUGUCGUUAUAAACCUGACGCCGGAUUUAUUCUACCACCGGUACUAUCUGCAAAGAUGACUACCCUUAAUAAAUUCUCCUUUAAAUACGGCAAGAUAGAAGUAAGAGCAAAACUACCGAAAGGAGAUUGGUUAUACCCAAUAUUGACCCUCAAUCCAGUUUAUGAAGAAUACGGUCCUGAUUACGAGUCGGGUCAAAUUAGGAUAGCCUUCAGUCCAGGAAAUGAAAAUUAUAAUGAACUUUUGUAUGGAGGAAUCGUUUUGGGUCCCACUAUCAGUGCUCGAGAUUAUGGUAUGCGACAAACCACUAGAAAUAUGGGGUGGUCUAACGAGUUCCAUAGAUUUGGAGUAACCUGGAAAGAAGAUGAAAUAAUAUUGACGGUAAACGACAAAGUUUAUGGGACUAUAGUUCCCCCUGCUGGUGGAUUUUCAACACUAGCUUCAAUGUUGGAAAUUAAAAAUGGCGAUCGAUUGAAAUACGGAUCAGUGCUGGCACCUUUCGAUAAAGAGAUGUAUAUUAGUGUUGGAGUAGGAGCAGGAGGAUUCAUUUUUGAUGAUAGAGCAGACGGUACCAAACCUUGGAAAAAUGGUGAACGCUUGAGUACUAAAAAAUUCCAUAUGGCACAACCUAUCUGGAGUAGUACUUGGAACAAGUACAGUGCGCUGUUGGUGACAUCUAUUAAAGUAUGGUCCAUACAAACGAAAAUGAUUCUAACUACAUUAAUAAUAAGUUUGUUAGUAUAUAAUGUCCAUAGUUGCGUGGAAUCAAUAACAACCGUGAGUGGAACUCAUGCUGCAGCUACAGUUUGUUCUGGAGAUUUGAUUUUUGAAGAUAACUUCAGUAAACUAGACUUGACAAAAUGGCAGCAUGAGCAAACACUUGGAGGUGGUGGGAAUUGGGAAUUCCAAUGGUACACCAAUAACAGAAGUAAUAGUUACGUUGAAAAUGGUUAUCUAAAUAUACGACCUACUCUUGUUGCUGAUGAAUUUGGAAAUGACUUUUUAUAUUCUGGUACUCUAGAUAUUAACGGGGGCUCUCCGGCAGAUCAGUGCACGAAUCCACAAUGGUAUGGAUGUUCACGUACUGGCACACCAACUAACAUAGUAAAUCCCAUUAAAAGUGCCCGAAUGCGUACCAUCGAUUCAUUUGCAUUCAAAUACGGUAAAGUGGAAGUUAGAGCUAAAAUUCCCGCUGGAGACUGGCUGUGGCCAGCGAUUUGGUUACUACCCAGAUGGAAUCAAUAUUCUGGUUGGCCAUCAUCUGGAGAAAUAGAUAUAAUGGAGUCGCGUGGCAACAAAAAAUUAGUCAAUACCAAUGGAGUGAAUAUAGGAGUGCAGCAAGUAGGAAGUACUCUUCAUUGGGGUCCAAACUAUAAUUAUAACAAAUAUUCCCUAACACAUUACGAAAAAAAUCUAGCAACGGGAUUCGAUGUAGAUUUCCAUAGAUAUCAGCUGGAAUGGACAACAGAAUACAUAAAAUUCGCUGUUGACGAUGAGGAAAUUGGUAGAGUUACUCCUCCUGGUGGUGGGUUCUGGGAACUAGGUAAUUUAGCGUCUACCGGAUUAGAUAAUCCAUGGCAAAGAGACAGUAAAAUGGCUCCUUUUGAUCAAGAGUUUUACAUAAUUUUGAAUCUUGCCGUUGGUGGAGUUUCCUUUUUUCCGGAUGAUGCUACAAAUACACCAGGUGGAAAGCCGUGGGCGAAUACCUCUCCGAAAGCUGCUACAGAUUUUUGGGAGGGAAGAGAACAGUGGUUAUCAACAUGGAAUAAUCUUAAAAACGAUGAUAUUAAUUUGAAAGUGGACUAUGUUAGAGUAUGGGCUUUGUAAUAUAAGUAGGUUUUAUAUAA